CCCACCAAUGGCCAAUCCUAGAGGUACUGCUGUUACUAAUGGGACUUUCCACAGCCCCAAGACUCAGCACAGCAAAUGGCAAAGCACUGACGGUGUGAAAAACGGAAUCCCAAAAGAAGCCCAGCAAAAUAGGAAGCCACGUUUUUCUGAUAAGCCCAUCUUUGAGUCCUACCCGGAACCACCACUUUAUGUCUUGGUUUUGACUUACAUGGGAUAUGGAAUUGGAACCUUAUUUGGCUAUCUCAGAGACUUUAUGAGAAGCUGGGGAAUAGAAAAAUGCAACGCAGCUGUAGAGCGAGAAGAACAAAAAGAUUUUGUGCCGUUGUAUCAGGACUUUGAGAAUUUUUAUAAAAGGAACCUUUACAUGAGAAUCAGAGACAGCUGGAAUCAGACGGUUUGCAGUGUCCCAGGGCCCCACAUUGACAUAAUGGAGAAAGUGUCUGAUGACUAUAACUGGACAUUCAGACACACUGGAAAAGUUAUUAAAGAUGUUAUCAACAUGGGCUCCUACAACUAUCUUGGGCUUGCAGUCAAAUACGAUGAGUCAAUGAAGACGGUAAAGGAUACUUUAGAAAAGUAUGGUGUAGGUGUAGCCAGCACCAGACAUGAAAUGGGCACCUUGGAUAAGCACAAGGAACUGGAGGAGCUCAUGGCUAAGUUCUUGAAUGUAGAAGCAGUGAUGACCUUUGGGAUGGGAUUUGCAACCAACGCAAUGAAUAUCCCUAUACUUGUUGGAAAGGGAUGCCUCAUUUUAAGUGAUGAGUUAAACCACACAUCUAUCAUCCUGGGGGCUCGACUCUCAGGUGCAACCAUAAGACCCUUCAAACACAACAAUGUACAGAGCCUAGAGAAGCUCCUGAGAGAAUCCAUCAUCAGUGGCCAGCCUCGCACAGGCCGAGCAUGGAAGAAGAUCCUCAUUCUCGUAGAGGGCAUUUACAGCAUGGAAGGUUCCAUUGUGAAUCUGCCUCAGAUAGUGGCUCUAAAGAAGAAAUACAAGGCUUACCUCUACGUCGAUGAAGCUCACAGUAUUGGUGCUACGGGCCCCAAUGGCCAAGGUGUCAGAGACUUCUUUGGACUGGCCCCUGAAGAUGUGGACGUAUACAUGGGGACAUUCACCAAAAGCUUUGCGGCCUCGGGAGGCUAUAUAGCUGGGAAAAAGGAACUUGUGGAUUAUGUUCGGGUUCAUUCGCAUAGCGCUACUUACGCAACAUCCAUGAGUCCUGUCAUAGCAGAGCAAAUCAUCAGAUCCUUGAAGAUUAUUAUGGGAGAAGAUGAGAACCACGGAGGUCUGCAGAGAAUACAGCAACUUACAAGAAACAUAAAAUACUUCCGACAGCGGCUGAUAGACAUGGGAUUCAUCAUCUACGGCGAUGACCACUCUCCCAUUAUCCCUGUGCUCCUGUACAUGCCUGCUAAAGUAUCUGCUUUUGGAAGACAUUUGCUUAAGAAAAAAAUCGGGGUGGUGGUUGUUGGUUUUCCAGCCACUGCCCUGGCAGAAGGUCGGGCACGGUUCUGCCUUUCGUCAGCACAUACUCGGGAGAUGUUAGAUAAAGUUUUGGAAGUCGUUGAUAAACUCGGCGACCUCCUGAAUGUGAAGUAUUUCCCAUACAAGAAGUCUGGUUACCCUGCACUCUACAAUGAGAAGAGUUUUGACAAAGAAGCAAGCUUUGAUGAGAUGAGCAUUGAGCCUGAAGCCUAGGUUUCCCAGUUCUGAGUGAGAAGGAAAGACUGCCAGAAGACCUCCUUCCCCCUGUGUCUCACAAGUAGCAUGACUGCAUUUUACCUCUUCUCCAGGGCGGUUUUAUUUUCCAACGCAGCUUAAUCGAGUGAGGGAAAUCGUCAUUUCUUUAAUGUCUCUAACCCACUGCAACACAAUCAAAAACAUAUAAUUCUAGAUUUACAUUUUCCCUCUCCUCCGCCAGAAACACGUAAAGCAUGCUUUUCUUAGAGUGUGCUUUCAUGGCAAGGAGCCUGUGUUUUAGCUGCUACUCUCCAGCUUUUGAGACAGAUUCCUUCAAGGGCUCCAACUAAACGAAAGGAUUUUGAUUUUUACCUGGGUAAUCUCGCUGUGUGUUCAAGUAUGCCAUCUGCACACACGAGAAAGAGUGACAGAGAGGAGCUGAGUCUCGUGUUCCACCCUUAACAGUACCAGGAACAGUCCCUACGUGUCAUGGGAAGUUCCAGGAAGGACAUAAGGCAAUGCUGCAUCUACUGUUUGCCACAUUUCGACUUUAUCCAAGGACAGGUAUCAAAAGACAUAAUUAAUGCUUAGGAGAGAAUGUAAAGCGGUCCAGUAGUGAGCAGAGACGCCUUUGAAGUGAAUCUGUUUUUGCCUGUUGGUGCUCUCGUACAAUUUUGCUGUUAAGCUUUUGAGAACUGGGAAGUUCGUGACUCAUUUUCUAAAGAGGAAGAAGGAAAGCAAGCACAAGUCAGCGUUGAACCUAGACUAACACUGUAAAAUUCAAACAACCCAAAUGAUGCUGGAUGCUGGUGCCAUGAAGAGUGAGUUUCGCUUGUUUGGCCUUAAUAACUUCCUAUUUUUCUAUCGAAUUCUGAGUACCUAGUGAAAUUCAAUUCCCUUUAAAAACUCAUUUCCAAAUGGACUGGUUAAACAAAGUAUUCACAAGCGAGUUUCCUCUGUCUCUUUCAAGGCUGUGUAUCUGUAGAUACAGGUCCAGGAAAUAAUAUCCCCUAUGGCACGUCUACUCAGGUUUGCUGAGAAGUGGUAUUGCAUACUUCGGUGCACCUCUGGUUCUUUCCCCCCUCAUACACACAAAACGGUAUGAGCAUCUCUGAAAAAUUAGUCCUCUGCUAAUUGGUUCUAGUUGGUAUGGAAAAAAGCCAGUGGAAAACCUUAUCUUUAACAAGCUCCCAGAUGGUGCCCAGACUUGGAAACUCCAAAGCGCAGAGUUGACCUUUUAGCCAAGCUUCUGUAGCAGUUCGAAUGAGUUACAGAACAUUCCACUCCAUCAAAUGACACUGUAAACAAAUCACUUCAAAAGAGCUUUGGCUCUGUGUGACACAGAUGGGCCCAAGCUUUCAUGCUGUGCAUGGAGACAGAAAUUCAACCUGCAACACCAAUGCUGGUUGGGGCAACAAUGAUGCUUAAAGAUCGUUCAAAAACAAAAUGAUACUCAUGCAAAGCUUUUUAAAAAGUAUAGCCCCCCUGGCGGAUUAUAAGGGUUUUUUUG